AUGGAUCUGAAUUUCGAAUAUAUUGCAGCUCAUAUCAGCGAUUAUAUUAAUAAAGAAAACUUCUUCGAUACAUUUGAUAUCGAAGAUAUCAAAACAAUCAUGAAAUAUUCACGUUUGACAGCUGAUCAAUUCGUUACUCUUCUCAAACAAUCAUCAUCAACUAUCAAUACAAAAGAAUUAUAUAACUGUACACGAAAAGCAAAUAUUACUAUCAAAAACUUCGAAGAAGUCGUUUCAAUUCUCAAAUCUCUCAAAAAAUACAUGAAAUUCAAUAUAUUUGAUGGCAUUAUUGAUUUUCUAAAACAUAAUGAGAAAGUAAUAAACAAUUCUGCUAACGAAACAGAAAUAGUUCAAGAUAAAUCUAAAGCAUUUCAAAAUGCAAGUGAAAAUGCAACCAAAUAUACAACUACCAAUGCAACUAAUGAAAAUUACCAUCAUUCACAAGAUAUUUUAGCUAAAAUCGCAGAACUUACGGAAUCUAAUGAUUUUGGAACCGUUUAUAGAUUCCUUAUUGAACUUUCUUCGAAAGGAAACCAUGAAAUGAUUUCAAAAUCAAUCGAAGCAGGACUUUGGAAAAAGAUUGCUCCUAAAGAGUAUAAUUGGGAGCCUGAUAGGACUGUUCUUCAUUUUGCAAGCGAAAACGGAAAUCUCAGACUUGUUCGAUCACUCAUCGAAUGUGGUUGUGACAAAGAAGCAAAGAAUAGUAAUGGAUGUACUCCACUCAUUUAUGCAUCACAAAAUGGCAAACUUGAAGUUGUUCAAUAUCUUAUCUCUGUUGGAGCUAAUAAAGAAGCAAAGAAUGAUUUUGGAUCUACUCCACUCAUUUGGGCAUCACGAAAUGGUAAACUUGGCGUUGUUCAAUAUCUUAUCUCAAUUGGAACUAAUAAAGAAGCAAAGGAUAAUAGUGGACUUACUCCACUCAAAUAUGCAUCACAAUAUGAUCAACUUAACAUUGUUCAAUAUCUUAUCUCAGUUGGAGCUAAUAAAGAAACAUAG